AAUAAUCAAAUUAAAUACUUUGCGCUGACCAAUAAUCCUAAAAGACAUUUUGGUAGAAGACAUGACCUCUGUGUUCCCCCGUUGUUUGGUCUCAUCUUCUACUUCUUCUUCGGCGUCUAUCUCUCUUCCCAACCGUCCUCCACUAAGGUACGCCGUGCUUGGUGCUGGUUUUGCUGGAAUCUCUGUUGCGUGGCACCUUCUUAAGGACUGUCCAAAGGAGGUGAGUUUAAGUGUAGAUGUAUAUGAUGAGGUUGGCAUAGGAGGUGGUGCUUCUGGAGUUUCUGGAGGGCUCCUCCACCCUUAUUCUCCUAAAGGCAAGCUUCUUUGGCAUGGUGCUGAGUGUUGGAGAGAGUGUUUAGAGCUCUUAAGUGUUGCCGAGACAGCAGCAGCUUCUUCUUCUUCUGAUGCUGUGGAGAAGGGAGAUUGUAACCAGGGUUUUGGAAAUUUUAUGGUUCGAAGAAGGGGAAUCUUGAGACCAGCAACAAAUGCCAAGACUUUGAGUUUAAUGACUGAUAAUGCUCGAAACUGCCUUGCCGGUUGUGUAGUUGAGACUAUUGACAAAGAUGCUGCCCAAAACCUUGUCCCCAAUCUAUGCUUGCCUUUGAACUCCGCCUUCUAUCUCCCAGGAGCUAUGAAUGUUAAUCCGCAGCGCUAUCUCCAGGCACUCUUUCAAGCAUGCAAAAACUCAGCAAGGGAAUCACUUGGAAGGACAAACAUAACUUUGGUGAAGAGAUCUAUAGAUGAUGUGCUUGAACUUGAAGGAGAAUAUGAUGCUGUUGUAAUAUGUCUUGGAUCCAAGCUAAACUUUCUUCCUCGGCUCACUGGAAAGCUCCCCUUAAGGACAUGCCGUGGUGUCAUUACUCAUCUGCAGUUACACGAAAGUGUCAGGGGAAGUUACCCGGAAGGUGGACCUUCGAUAUUGUCAGAUGCAUGGCUCGCGGUUCAGGGACCACGUGACAUACACAUGGGAUCCACAUGGGAAUGGCAGUCGAGAAACUAUUCACCUGAUGUCUCAGAUGAUGAAGCUUCAAAAGCUCUGGCCGAGCUGCUUCCAAAGGCGAGUGCAGUUUAUCCAGACAUAGACAAGUGGGAGUUUGCAGGAGCAAGGGCGGGUUUGAGAGCAAUGCCACCUGUUACAAGCCAUGGUUCACUACCGCUCUUGGGAUGUAUAGACCAGCUCAUAGGUGCGACAGAAGGUGGAUCUUGCAAGUUUUGGGUGUUUGGAGGGCUUGGAUCAAGAGGACUACUCUAUCAUGGUUGGCUUGGGAAACUUAUUGCUAAAUCUGUUUUAUGUUGUAAUGAAGAACUAUUACCUUCUGAACUCACUUCUUGGAAGAUGAAUAAUAGAGUGAAAAGUUGAAACAA